GGAGCCGAUGGCUGGACAGCACUGCAAGCAGCAGCUAAGGGCGGGCAUCUGGAGGUUGUCAAGAGACUGCUAACACUGAAAGCUGAUGUCAACGCCCCUGCUGGAAAUGGAGGUCGGACAGCGCUUCAAGCAGCAGCCGAGAACGGACAUCCUGCGGUCGUAGCGAAGUUGCUAACCGCAAAUGCGAACAUCCACGAAGCUGAUAGAUGGGGAGGUAAAACAGCACUGCAGCUAGCAGCCAGGAAGGGGCAUCUCGAGGUAGUAGAGAUUCUGAUUAUGGCAGGUGCAGAUGUUAACGCUUCAGAUGAAUGGGGAGGCCGAACUGCCCUCCAAGCAGCAGCUACGGGAGGUCAUCUCGAGGUUGUCGAAACGCUUGUUGAAGCAAAGGCUAAUAUUAAUGCUGCCGGUGAGCUGGGAGGCGAGACUGCACUCGAAGCAGCAUCU